AACCUUAAAAGCUUCUUUAGAUUUGGGCAUCUUCUGGUCAAUUUGUUCCCCUAGUUCUUCCCCCCAUUCUCUAGGAAUCAGUAAAGAAACUGACCCAAAAUUUGAUUUUUACUUUUCUUUUUGCCAAGAUUUUUUUUUUGGGAAAUUGGUACCAAGAAUUUUGAGUUUAUAGAAAUUGGAUAUGGAGUUUUGGGCUGGAAGGGUACACUCAGGAAAAUCUUUCCAAGCUAACAGAGUCAGCAAUUCUGGUAUUAUAUAGUAGUAUUCGCAAACCCUUCUCACUGUUCCAAGUGUUCUUCUUGAUUUUGUGAAAAAGAAUCACAUCUGUCUCAUGAUUUUGUAGGAAAAGAAUCCUAGGGCUUUGGAUUUUGACCAUCAAUCUUUAAUGGGUUUUUUAGUAAAGCAGAUUUGGAUUACAUGUUUUCCUUUCAUUCUUAUUUGUUCAUCAUUUUAUAUAUGUUGGGAUAGUAGAAUGCAUAAAGUUGGAAUUUAUUUUCUUCAUACAAGAAACAUAUUUGCCCUAUAAUAGGGGUAAAAUCUGCUUACGUUCAUCCCAAGACCAUAUUUUUUGUGGGAUUCUAUUGGAUUUGUUGUUGUUGUUGUACAAGUUACAUAUUUGGGAUUCCAACUUCCUAUAAUAGCCCUAAUAGGGUGGAGAGGUUGAUUUGAUUAUCCAUUUCUGUUAUUGAUACGGUAUCGUAAAAUCACACAUUUUUGAUAUGUUUAUUUUGGUUUGGAAUUAGGAGACAUCUCCUUGAACAUGGGCAAUGAAGAGGGAGAAGAAGUUUCGACGCCAUGUUUUACAUGUCCAUUCUGCUACAUAGAUAUUGAUGUUCUAGUUCUUUGCACUCACUUGCAAGAAGAGCAUUGCUUCGGCUUGAAUAACGCGGUCUGUCCGAUAUGUGCUGCGUCUCUAGGCAAAGAUCCUCUCAGCCAUUUCCUAAUACAACACGUGCAAUCUGUUAAGAGAAGGAGAAAACACCAAAAACCCGGAUUAUGGAACAAUGACACAACGACAAUGGCUGGGCAGGACUUGCAAGAACUAACUGCCAGAGAUGGGUUCAACGGUGAUUUCAAUCUACAAGAGCCAUCUUACCUCGAUUCGCAUCUGUUUGCAUUUCUCCCCAUUGUGCCUCCUUUUGAGCCCGAAAGCGCGCAAAAAGAGAGCAUAUCUUGUGACGUUGCUAAUGCAACUGGUUCACAGAGCAAGCAGCAUCGGUCUGAUCCAGCUCGGGUUGAAAAUUAUGAAGAGAAGCAAAAGCGGGCAAUGUUCUUUCAAGAGCUGAUGGCUUCAACCAUUUUCUUGGAUUGAUUAGCAAACACUUUCAAGUUCCUUGGCCAAAAGUUGCCAUCAAAGUGGUGACCAAUGGCAAAUAUAUGUAUGUAUUAACAAUAGUUAUUAAUGCAUAUUUUUAGUCAUUAUAUAUAUGCAUAUGGUGUUGUGUGAGGUUAUAUGUAAAAUGAGCAAUGGAAUUUGAGGUGAGAAUGAUGAGUAUGGCCUUGAGAUGUGUGUGGCAUGACAAUAUGAUAAUUGUAUUUGUGGAAGGAACCAAGUUGAAGUGCCAUUUUAUGUAUUUAAAAGGUUUCAUUUAUUUGUGGUGGCCAAUGUCUUGGCAAUAUAUGGGUGUGCUUGUG